GGGACGGAUCGGCGACAUCUGAGGCCCGGCUCCCACGCCGCCGCCGCCAUGUCCUCCUCCACCUCCUCCUCCUCCCCCAAGGAGGAGACGUACGAGGAGGACCGGGAGUUCGAGAGCCAGGCCAAGCGCCUCAAGACCGAGGAAGGGGAGAUCGUCUACUCGGCGGAGGAGAGCGAGACUCGCCAGGAAGCGACGCCUCAUCGGGCCGGGAGCGACAGCGACAGCGGCGGCGGAGGUGGUGGAGGCGGCGGCGGCGACGGCGACGGCGGCGAAGGAGGCAGCGGCGGCGGCGGCGGCGGCGACGACGAAGACGAAGAGGGCGACGGCGGGGAAGGCGACGGCGGAGAAGAAGAAGAAGAAGAAGGUGACGGCGACGAAGGCGACGACGGCGAUGAAGGCGGCAGCGGCGGCGACGAAGGCGGCAGCGGCGGCGGCGGCCCCCGGAGCAUGCCCCAGUCCAUGGAAGGAGGUGGAAGUCAUCAUAAAGUUUCUGUCUCCCCUGUUGUGCAUGUCCGAGGGCUCUGUGAGUCAGUGGUGGAAGCCGACCUUGUGGAGGCGCUGGAGAAAUUUGGGACAAUAUGCUACGUGAUGAUGAUGCCGUUUAAACGACAGGCUCUAGUGGAGUUUGAAAAUGUCGAUAGUGCCAAAGAGUGCGUGACAUUUGCUGCAGAUGAGCCUGUGUACAUUGCCGGCCAACAGGCUUUCUUCAACUAUUCUACAAGUAAAAGAAUCACUCGGCCAGGAAACACUGAUGAUCCCUCAGGGGGCAACAAAGUUCUCCUGCUCUCCAUUCAGAAUCCUCUCUAUCCAAUCACAGUGGAUGUUCUAUAUACAGUAUGCAACCCUGUUGGAAAAGUACAACGUAUUGUUAUAUUCAAGAGAAAUGGAAUACAAGCAAUGGUUGAGUUUGAGUCGGUCCUUUGUGCCCAAAAAGCUAAAGCAGCACUCAAUGGAGCUGAUAUAUAUGCCGGAUGUUGCACACUAAAAAUCGAAUAUGCCAGGCCAACUCGUCUCAAUGUGAUUAGGAAUGACAAUGACAGUUGGGACUACACUAAGCCUUAUUUGGGAAGACGAGAUAGAGGAAAGGGUCGCCAGAGACAAGCCAUUUUGGGAGAUCAUCCUUCUUCGUUUAGACAUGAUGGCUAUGGAUCGCAUGGUCCAUUGUUGCCUUUACCAAGUCGUUAUAGAAUGGGCUCUAGAGAUACACCUGAACUUGUUGCUUAUCCAUUACCACAAGCUUCUUCCUCUUACAUGCAUGGAGGAAGUCCCUCUGGCUCCGUUGUAAUGGUUAGUGGAUUACACCAGCUCAAAAUGAAUUGUUCAAGAGUCUUCAACCUGUUCUGCUUGUAUGGAAAUAUCGAAAAGGUAAAAUUUAUGAAGACCAUUCCUGGUACAGCACUUGUAGAAAUGGGUGACGAGUAUGCUGUAGAAAGAGCUGUCACACACCUUAAUAAUGUCAAACUCUUUGGGAAAAGACUUAAUGUUUGUGUAUCUAAACAACAUUCAGUUGUUCCAAGUCAAAUAUUUGAGCUGGAGGAUGGUACAAGUAGCUACAAAGAUUUUGCAAUGAGUAAAAAUAAUCGCUUUACAAGUGCUGGCCAGGCAUCUAAGAAUAUAAUCCAGCCACCCUCUUGUGUGCUGCAUUAUUAUAAUGUUCCACUGUGUGUCACAGAAGAGACCUUCACAAAGUUGUGUAACGACCACGAAGUCCUUCCAUUCAUCAAAUACAAAGUGUUUGAUGCGAAAGCUUCUGCUAAAACCCUGUCUGGGCUGUUGGAGUGGAAAUGCAAGACUGACGCCGUGGAAGCUCUCACUGCACUCAACCACUACCAGAUCCGAGUCCCAAAUGGUUCCAAUCCCUAUACAUUGAAGCUUUGCUUUUCUACAUCAUCCCAUUUAUAAGAAGAGAAGAGCAUGUUAGAUUUACGUUCAUCUUUAUUACAGUUUUAAAGCUAUACUUCAUUAAAAAUAUUCUAAAAUGGUUGAUCUAAUGUUGCCUUGCUUACUAUAAGAUCCUGUUCUGUAAUAAACAUAUUUUGCCUCAAGUAAAUUUGUUGUUAACUUAAAUAUUGUUUUCACCUUAAGAUAGAAUACCAUAACGUAGACUGUCUACAGCUUCGUUGUAGAUUUUUACAAACGUAUGAUUUCUAACAUUAUUACAAAUUUUGUUCCAUGGUAAAAUAUAUUUGCAUUCUUAGUGCUAAUUUGUUGCAAAUGUUUUCCCAUUGUGUUUGAGAUUAAUGCAGGUGAAAAGUAUUGCAUUUUAAUACAGAAUUCCUACAAUAGAAGAUUGAAUGUUAUAGUUACUCAUUAAACAUAAUUUGUAUUUAUUAUUUUAAACAAAUUUGAGAAUGAUAUUGCAUUUGUUGACUUUCCAGAAGUACAGAUUUAGCUGAUUUCAAUUUCUAAAAGGCUUCAUAGACAUGAACACACUUGUACGGUAUGCAUUCAAACUCAAAUUGGUGUGUUUCUUUUCAAAAGUCAUCAUCCAUUUGUAUUGACAUGUUUCUGUUCUAGUUCCAUUUUGGAGGUUUUAUAAAGUUAUAAUAAUAAGUUAA